CCUGCGCAGGCAACGCGACCAUCCUCCUGGCGCGUGCCAUAUCCGGGUUGGUAGUUCCGCCAUGGCCGACGACGGGCGGCGGGUCGAGCAUUACAGCUCUGGAGACCGCUGAGAGAGAAGCGAGGAAGGUCGAGGCGGAGGGGCCCGGUCGGGCUCCAGCAGAGGAAAAUGAGUUGGUUCAACGCGUCGCAACUCUCGACCUUCGCCAAGCAGGCUCUGUCUCAGGCGCAGAAGUCCAUCGACCGAGUGCUGGAUAUCCAAGGCGAGGAGGAAGAGGAGGGCGAGGGGGGUCCUGACGGAGCUGCCCCGUCCCGUGUAGGAGAAGCAGGAAAAAGUUCUUUAACAAGUGGAAGAUGGGAUACUUCUACUUGGGGGACCAAUACAAAUGUAGAAGCCCAAAGUCAGCCAAUAUCAUCUCCUGCAGCCAUUACCAAACCAGUUCAGAGAACUGUGGUAGAUGAAUCAGAAUCUUUCUUUAGUGCCUUUCUCCCACCAACCGGUGUCCAGAGCAUACAGCAAAGCCCAGUGGUAUCUAAGCCACCUGCCAAAUCGCAGCAUCCCAAAGAAGAAAUAAAAAGCACACUGCAGGAACCUCUGCAUAUUGACCUGCCAGAAACAGAAACAAAAGACUUUUCUGUAGAAUUGAAGAGCUUUAAUGAUGAUCAGGAAAACUUAGAGGAAACCAAUUCAGAACCAUUCAAUCUCACCAUCAGCUAUGAUGGAAACAAUAGUAUAAGCACUGGUCAAGAAGCAUCUUCUCAGAAUAUCACAGUAGCAGAAUCCAUUUCUGUUGUGAAGUCAGAUUCAAGAAGUGAUAGUUCUGGGCAUGAGAAUGAUAUCUCUCCACAAGCUCUGCCAGUAGACACAAAAAAUUCAAGUUUGGACACUAAAGAGCGAAAAAGCGAAGACAGGCAAAGCAAUACCCCUUCACCUCCAAUUAGCACUUUCUCCUCAGGGACAUCUACAACUAGUGAUAUUGAAGUUUUGGACCAUGAAAGUGUUAUAAGUGAGAGCUCAGCUAGUUCAAGACAAGAAGGAGCUGAUUCAAAAGCUAGUCUCCAUCUGAUGCAAACCUCCUUUCAGCUUCUGACGGCAUCUGCUUGUACAGAAUACAAUCGCCUAGAAGAUUUUAAUAAAUUGACAGAGAGUUGCUGUUCCUCUGAUGCUUUUGAAAGAAUAGACUCAUUUAGUGUACAGUCUUUAGACAGUCGUAGCAUAAGUGAAAUAAACUCGGAUGAUGAAUUAUCAAGUCGGGGGGGUGUUUCAACUUCCAUAGCUGUCAACUCUCCAUCUCCAAAGAGUGAUGAGACUGAACCUAUAAAAAGUAUGUCUGAUGAAAUCCUAACUGAAAAUCUUGUCGUUCCCAUGGAAGAAAUGGAAAUGGAAGAGAGUGGGCGAAGUGCAACCCCUGUUAAUUCUGAACAGCCCGAUGUCUUGGCUAUUUCAGCGCAGACUGAUGAAGAACAAAGUCAGAAGGAAGAGAAAGUGGUACUUCAGCUCCCAAAUGAAAAAUUGUCUAGGGUACAAUGUGAAAAACAAGAGCUUUGCAAGAUUAUUGAUUCACUGACGGAAAAACUAGAGGUGAGGGAAGCACGUCUACUAAGUGUUAGUAAAGAAAAAGCACACUUAGAAGAAAGCUGUGAUAACCUUAAAGAUGAAAUCUUCAAAAUGAAAGAAGAGAAUAGUAGUAUUUCAUCUCUUAAGGAAGAAUUUGCUCAACGAAUAGCAGAUGCAGAAAAAAAAGUUCAGCUUGCAUGCAAAGAAAGAGAUACAGCUAAAAAGGAAAUAAAGGUUCUCAAAGAAGAUCUAGCGACUAGAUUGAACAGCAAUGAAACAGCAGAAUUACUAAAGGAGAAAGAUGAACAAAUUAAAGGAUUACUAGAAGAAGGAGAAAAACUUUCAAAACAGCAAUUACAAAAUUCUAACAUUAUUAAGAAAUUAAGAGCCAAGGAGAAAGAAAGAGAAAACACCAAUACAAAGCAGAAUAAGAAAAUUAAGGAAUUGGAAGAAGAGUUGCAACAUCUGAAACAGGUGUUGGAUGGCAAAGAAGAAAUUGAAAAACAACAUAGAGAGAACAUCAAGCAGCUAAAUAGUGUUGUUGAAUGCCAAGUGAAGGAUCUUACACGACUUCAAGUAGAUCUUGAAGAUCUUGAAGAAAAAAACAGAAGUUCACAGGCAGCUCUUGAUAAUGCAUACAAAGAACUUGCAGAUCUUCAUAAAACUAAUGCUGCAAAAGACUGUGAAGUGCAAGAAGCAGCAUUAAGUCAUGAAAUGAAAGUUAAGGAGGAGCUGGGUUUAAUUCUGGAAAAGGCCCAGGAGGAGGCUCAUCAACAACAAGAAGCUUUAGCAAUUCAGGUAGCAGACUUGAGAAUUGCAUUGCAGCGGGCAGAACAACAAGCAGCUAGAAAGGAGGAUUAUUUACGCCAGGAAAUUAGUGACCUUCAGCAGAGACUUCAAGAAGCUGAGACUCGCAACCAAGAACUCAGUCAAAGUGUUACAUCUGCAACUAGGCCUUUGCUCCGGCAGAUAGAAAACUUGCAAGCUACUCUGGGAGCACAGACCUCGUCAUGGGAAAAACUAGAGAAAAAUCUUUCUGAGAGACUUGGUGAAUCUCAAGCUGCCUUAGCAGCACAGACUGAAAGAGAACGGGCUGCUACAGAAGAACUUCUUUCCCACAAGAUCCAACUUUCUUCCACUGAAUCACAAAAUAGUCUCCUGAGGCAAGAAAACAGUCGCCUUCAAGCUCAACUCGAAGCAGAAAAAUCCAGGCUAAAGAAACUAGAAAAUGAAAACAAUAGGUAUGAAGUUGAGCUAGAAAAUCUUAAAGAAGAAUAUGUAAAAGUUAUUGAAGGGGCAAAGAAAGAAAAGAUGUUGUUAUCUACUCAGUUAGAAAUGGAAAAAAUGAAAGUUGAACAAGAAAAAAAGAAAACAAUAUUUGUCCAAGAAUCUGCAAGAGAAAAGGAGCGUAAAUUAUACAUUUCAUCAACAAUGGAAACUGUUUCCAGCACCCCAACACUCUCACGCUCAAGCUCCAUAAGUGGAGUUGAUAUGGCAGGACUCCAAACAUCCUUCAUAUAUCAGGAUGACCAGUAUGACCAUUCUUUUGGUUCAGUGUCUGCAAGUGGGACCAAUCUGUAUGACGUAAUGAGAAUGGGAGCAGGUUCAAGUAUUAUGGAAAAUCUUCAGUCACAAUUAAAAUUACGGGAUGGAGAGAUUUCUCAUCUCCAGUUGGAAAUUGGAAAUCUUGAAAGAACUCGAUCAGUAAUGGCUGAAGAGCUGGUGAAAUUAACAAAUCAAAACGAUGACUUAGAAGAAAAAAUAAAGGAGAUCCCCAAGUUACGUGCACAAUUAAGGGAUUUGGAUCAGAGAUACAAUACCAUUCUGCAGAUGUAUGGAGAGAAAGCAGAAGAAGCGCAAGAAUUGAGAUUGGACCUUGAGGAUGUAAAAAAUAUGUACAAGACUCAGAUUGAUGAACUUCUGAAGCAAAGGCAUAGCUAAUUAUUGUUCAGGUUUUGAUCUGAAAACAAUGUUGCAUUAAACUGUAGAGCUGUUUCUGUACAUGUAGUUAAUUUGUAAAAAAAUGUAUUAUAAAUGAUUAUAAUGUUGAGUUGAUAUGAUGGCAGGAAUCAUUGUGCUUUUAUGAUGACCGGCUGUCAGCCAUUAAAUUAUUUGUUAAUAUUUAAAAUCUUUUAUCUCCAGCUUGCUCUCGUCUCUCAUAGUAUACAUAUUUACUUGUACAGUAAUAACUUUAAUUGUGAAAACAUAUGAUUGAAACUCUCACAUUGAUGGUGUUGUACUGUGUCCUUAUGCCAGUAAAAGGGAUACUGCUGGCAAUUGGGAUUCUCUUACCUCUGCAAUUCUUGCAUUGGUUCCAGAUCUGCUCCUGAGAGGUUGGGAAUCUCUGAGGAAAAAAUACAAAAAAUUGGAAAAGAAGAAAGCAAGAAAAAGUUAUAUUGUGAAAAAAUAUAUUAAUAUGGCAUUGGUUUUCAAAAAAUGUAUCUGAAAAUUUGCACUGAUAUAAAUUUACUUCUUCAUACUUAUCUAUUCCUAUAUAAAUGGAUAUUUAAAGGAAAAUAUUGUGGGUACUUUAACUAUAUUAAUAGCAAUGACUUGAUUUGCUAUAGGUAAUAAAAGAAUGGUAUGUCUUUAUAUCCUUGGUAUCCUGCUCAUCAGGGGUGGGUUCUACUUAUCUUUACUACUGGUUUCGCAAUGGGAGCGCGCACACGCUCUCUUCGCUUGCAUGCGCGUGCUUCUGCGCAUGCGCAGAUCGUAUCUUAUUACGUCCGGGCAGGUGGGUGGAGCCUCCCGCUGCUUUUACUACCAGUUCGCAAGAACCGGACAGAACCAGGAACAACCCACCACUACAUGAGGUUUACUAUACUGCCUCUUUAAAGCAAGCAACACUGAGCAACUUAUAUUUUAAAAGCAACCAUACCCUCUACUUGAUACAAUUUGGUAUAUUUUUAAAUGUUUUGCUGUGUUUCAGCAUAAUAUAGAGAAACAGAUAGCCUAACGUUUAUUAGUUUAAAGAAUUGUGAAAGGCAAUGCAGGGAUAUGUUUGUAAGAAAGUUCACACUUAAAUAGUUCUUUUUGCGUCGUGGCUUAAUUCGGUGUUUGUCAGUGUGCUAAUAUUUCAAAAGCGAGUAAACCUGUUUCAAAUGAGAUGCAAUGGUUUGAAGAACCAUUUUUUAAGAAAAUAUUUGUCAGAAUAUAAAUAAGUAAUAGUAUUGUACUUUAAAUUAUCUUUCUAGCUCUUUAAAUGAAGCAGAAGAAUCACCAAUAUCAGAUUCUUAAUAUUCAUACGGUUUUCAGAAUAUUACUGUUGUCAUUUUAUUGUGCUUCAUUGUUUUUACAUUGUUAUAAGGAACUUUUUAGAAAAUUAAUUUUAUUUUACUGAGAUAUUUGACUUGAUAAAUCUUUUAAGGUUUUAAAAAUAUAUUCCUAAAAAGUGAAAAAAUAUUUGAUAUGUUUACCAAAACUUUACCUGCUGGCAAACAGAUAAAGAUCACUCUCUGAAAAUAUGGAGAGGUAACUUACUUCUUAGCUGGUUAACAGAAUUAUCUUAUGUUAGUAAGAUUUGCUUUCCCUGGGUUACUCUCUACAAAGGUUUCACUUAGCUUGAAGUAGAAACUUGGUAACUAACUUAUAUGAAUCAUACUCGGAAGAAACACAUAAUAAUAACCUCCUGCAACUGAAUUGUUUCUGAAUAGUUAAAGAAAGUGUUAUAAUAUGGGCUCCUGCUACACUGAGGAAAAUAAUUUUUUAUACUAUAUGCAAAAAGCUGUAGCACAGAUAGUGAUAUUAAAUUAUUCAAGAAAACGUGAAAUGUUUAUAUUUUAUAGUAUGCAUACAUUUUCCUGACUAUAUUGAAUUGCAGUACACACUAAUGAGAAAAUCUAUUGACUCAAAAAUAACUUGUGUUAGCAAUUCAGUAAUUCUGAAAUAAAAAUGAGCAAUGGUUGCUGACAAUAUAAUUUUCCUUUAUAAGAUGUGACUAAUCACCAAAAUAGUACAUUAAUGAAUACAAAAUAACAUGAUUAUUGGAUCUAAAAUUCAAUCUAUGACUUUUUAUAAAAAGAUAUGCAUAUUAUUUAGUUUUAAAUUACUUCUGUAUUUUAUUUGAAUUACAUUAAUUUAGAAUAAAUAUUCUUCACUUUUGAGAAGUGGAAUACAAUCUGUUAUGGGGACACCUCUGUUUGCCUUAAGAACAAAAUCCUUAAAAGGUUUUUAACUCAACCCUUGAAUAAGUUGUCCUUUUAGAUAAUUAUUAUCACAUGUGGCCUAUUCAUGACCAUUGGUUAAACUUAGACCUAUAAUACAGGCAAUCUGCAAUGUAUUUUUGGCAGUUUGACAGCCUAUUUCCUUUACAUUUCUUCAAUUUACUAAUUUCAGUCAAGAAAUGUUAUGUCUAUGAAAUUUAAUCUACCUUUACAUUUUAAAAUAAUUAAAAAUUAAAAAAUAUA